UAAACUCAAGGAGCGACAAGAUGAUCCAUACUCUUGGCCGUUUCCAGGAAACGACUCGGAUAGUAUAACCAACCCAGUGGAUAGAUGGGGUGGCGAUUACAGCACGUACGCCAAGACCUUUGGUAGUGGUGUCCCGCGGGAAUUCGUUGCGGCAACGUGAACGAAUCCGACAGUUUUGCUUACUGGAUUGUCAGAUCAUGGGACGAAGCCAGUCAACUAAUGAAUGCACAAACUACUUUCGUCCCUGGGUAUAACUACGACAUUCCUCAUACACAGUGGCUUGGAAAGGACUGGAACUCGGAUAUCUGGUGGGGACCAUUUGAGUGGAAUUACCGGGAAAUCAUUGCUAAUAACUUUGGUCGUCUGCGAAAGGUGUUUAGCGAUGAUCCACCUUCUGGAGAGUAUAUAUACUGGUACUGCUGGGACUAUGCCAACCAAUGUGCGCCCGGUACUGUGGCGUACUCUUGGUCAACUACCUGGAUAAGUCUUUGGCGCAACCACUACACCGUCUUUUGCAAUAUUGCCUUGAAGUUCGAAACACUUUCAAAACAAAUCGGGCGUGCCGCUUGGAGUAUUGAUCAGCAACGCAUCAUGGAGAACUUUCAAACCAACGCAGGCCAAGUGAUGUUCCACGAAAUCUGGCACUACACCAUGGUAUCGCAGCCCCGCACAGAUGAUUACGCUUAUCGCGCUGAAGAAGUUUGGGACCUAGCCCUAAAGCAAGGUACAGAUUAUUCAUACGUCAAUGCAGACUCGUACGCUCUUGAUGCCAUUGCCAUCUACGUGCAACAGUACUUCAGCAACUCUAUGUCUCCAGUGCCAAGAAGAGUAUACCGUCCUCCCGACGACACAGUAGAUGGCAACGUUACCUCCCCUGUGAAUGCAACUGGAGUUGUUCUGGAGGAAGCACCUUGGCAGAGUUGGCAGCCUGGAAUUGACAUGCCAGUUUUGAAGCCAGAUCCUGACUUUUGGAACGAGGCUAUUCAACCUGGGGGGAUCUCUGCUCUUGGAGCGGACCUCCACAUCGUAACUGACAUUUAUCCAAUUCAGACGAGAUGUGAAGACACCGAUUUCUUUCCCAUAACUUCUAUUUAUCCCACACCAACAGCAAGUACGGAAGUCAUCGGCGCCACUGGUACACAAUGCUUUUGCACUUGUGGCCUCGGCUCAAUGGCAGACCUUAUAUGGGCGACGAAUGGUCCAACGUUGACGAACUGGUGUGCUGGAGUCUCGACCGUGGUACCGGUACCAUCUGGCUUUACGAUAACUGCCAAGACAGAUUGUUCCUAGAAUACUGAGAUCAAAGAGCAGAAAGAAGGAUUUCAAAUAGAGCAAUGUCGUUGCAUGUAAUUAUAGAGUAAGAAUGGAAUUUCGGG